AUGAGUAGUAAAUACAAUAUUUUAAUUUAUAAGAAAAAAAAAAAGCACCUUAGAUUGGAUGUAUUGCUGUUUUUUUUUUAUCUUAUAUUUUUGAAUUUAAUAUUACAGAAUAAAAAAUUUGAAGCACAACAAAAAGAUUAUGAAUAUAUUGAAAAUUUGAAAAUAAAAAAUGUGGAGGAAGAAGGAUUUGUACAUGUAAAAAAAUUUGAUUCAUCUUCUUCUUCAUACAAUUUUCAGGAUAUAGGAAAUGAGGAUGUGUUAGAAGAAGAUAAUAAUAAUAUUAAAAGUAUUAAAAGUAUUAAUAAUAUUAAAAGUAUUAAUAAUAUUAAAAGUAUUAAAAGUAUUAAUAAUAUUAAAAGUAUUAAUAAUGGUGAACCCAGAAAUGAUAAUAUAAAUGUUGUAAAUAAUAAGAAUAAAUAUAAUAAAUCUUUAAAAGAGAAUGAAGAGAUUGUUGGUGGUAGUGAAACAAAUGAAAAUAAGAAGAAAACGUUUGAGAGUGAAGAUUUAAAAAAUGAGAAAUCAUUUAAACCUAUUAUAAUAGGGAAAUAUAAUUUAAUAUACAUAUUUUAUAGUAUAGAAUUUAUAUGUUUAUUGUUGUUUAUAUGUUUACAUGUUUUACUUUUUCUUUUAUCACAAUGGAAUAUAAAAAUCAAUUUGCUUAUAUCAUAUAAAUCUUUACAUAAUAAGGAUAAAAAAAAGUAUUUAUAUAAUUUAAAAAAUUUAUGUACACAUGUUUAUAUCGAACCUUGUAUUAUUAAAAGUGAAGAAGGUAAUAGUGGUAGUAUAUAUGAUAGAAAUAGAUAUAAUAUGGAUUCUAACUUUUAUAAACCUAAGGCACAAUUAAUAGAAUUAAAAAAGGUUGAUAAUGAUAUAUAUUUUUUUUAUAAACAAAAGAAAUAUAUUUUUAAUUAUAACACAUUUGUAUUUGAAUCACUUAAACAUUUUGAUAAUUUCAAUGUUGGUUUUUAUUUAAACUGGAAGGGAUUAAUAGAUUAUAAUAAAGGGUCAGUUGUAAAUAAAAUGGAUAUAUAUAAUAAUAAAAUGAUGAAAAAUAUAAAAGAAAGUAUAGCAUGUAAUAAUAUAGAAAGUAUAAUAAAAAAAUUAGAUACUUUAUAUACAUCGCAUAGUGACACUAGCAAGAAAGUAUAUAUGAAUGAGAAGGUAGAUGAAAUGAAUGAUAAUAACAAUAAUAAUAAUAAUAAUAAUAAUAAUAAUAAUAAUUUAGUUCAUAAAGAGAAGAAUGUAAAUAAUAUAUAUGAUAUGAAAAAUAUAGAUGAUACCAAUAAGAAUAAUAUGAAUAUAAAAUAUAGAGGUAAAACAAAUAAAGGAAAUAAUAACCAUAUAGAUAUAUCAAAAAGUUAUAAUAUGAAUAAUAUGUGUGAAAUGGAUGAUGGUGAUAAUAAAAAAAAAAUAUAUAAUAUACAAAAUAAUAUACAUAAUAAUAUUAAAAAGAAUGAUAAUUUGAAUGAUUCAAAUUCUUUCUAUUAUAAAAAGAGCUCUUUCGAAAUUCCUUAUGAUAUAUUUGUUCAUAAUAAUAUUGAAAAAUAUGGUGAAAAUAUAUAUGAUAUUCCUUGUCCUUGUUUCAAAGAAUUAUUAUAUGAAUCUAUGUUAUCUCCUUUUUUUAUAUUUCAAUUUUUUAGCAUAGUAUUAUGGAUGCUUGAUAGUUAUUGGUAUUUUGGCAUUUUCUCUAUAUUUAUAUUAAUAAUUUUAGAAUCUCAGUUAAUUAAUAAAAGAAUAAGAGAAUUUAAUAUGAUAAAUGGAAUGAAGGUGGAUCCUCAGGAUGUGUAUGUAUAUCGUAAUUUAAGAUGGAAUAUUAUGAAAUCCAAUAUGUUAUUGCCAGGAGAUAUAUAUAUAUUGACAAAUGAUAUGAGUAUGACUGAUAAUAAUAUAUGUACUUGUGAAACGUUAUUGAUUGAUGGAACAUGUAUUACAGAUGAAUCUAUAUUAACUGGGGAAUCUGUUCCUUUAAUAAAGGCAUGUAUAGAUAAAAGCAUAAUGAUAAGUGAUAAUAAAAUGAUUAAGAGUGAAAAAAAUGAAAAAAAUGAAAAAAAUGAAAAAAUUGAAAAAAAUGAAAAAAAUGAAAAAAAUGAAAAAAAUGAAAAAAAUGAAAAAAUUGAAAAAAAUGAAAAAAAUGAAAAAAAUGAAAAAAAUGAAAAAAAUGAAAAAAUUGAAAAAAAUGAAAAAAAUGAAAAAAAUGAAAAAAAUGAAAAAAUUGAAAAAAAUGAAAAAAAUGACGAUACAAAUCAUAUGAAUCAUAUGAAUCAUAUGAAUCAUAUGAAUCAUAUGAAUCAUAUUAAUAGUUAUAAUAGUACAUGUAAUUUACAAAGUGAUGGAGAAAACCUACAUCAUACAUAUUAUCAAAAUAAAGAAAAUGAAUUUAUUAAAAAUGAUGAAUAUCAUUUUGAUCAUUGCAAUGUUUCUAAUUCGUUAUUUUGUAAUAGACUUGAUAUAAAAAAUAAGCACAAAAAACAUAUUGUAUAUGCAGGAACAAAUAUAUUAAUGACAAAAAAUGAAAAUAAUAAAUUUAAUGGUAAGAAAUUACCAGUGAAUGGUUGUAUAGGUAUUGUAUUAAGAAGCGGAUUUUCAACAUAUCAAGGUAAAUUAGUACGUACUAUAAUAAAUACAUCUGAGAAAGUAAAUUCAUCAAGUUUUGAUUCUAUAAUAUUUCUUAUAAUAUUAUUAUUAUUUUCUAUAUGUUCAAGUGCAUAUGUUGUAUAUAGUGUAUUAAAAUCGAAUGAAGAAAGAAACUUAUAUAAAUUAUUAUUAUCAGUAUCACAUAUUAUAACAGCUGUUAUUCCACCAGAAUUCCCUAUUACUCUUUCAUUAGCAGUUACUAUAUCUAUUGUCUAUUUAUAUAAUAUGAAAAUAUAUUGUACUGAGCCUUUUAGACUUCCUUUUUCUGGUAAGACUAAUAUAUGUGCCUUUGAUAAAACAGGAACUUUAACAGAAGAUAAUAUGAUAGUUUUAGGUUUAUUUGGAUUAGAUAAUAAUUAUAAAAAAAUAAAUGAAAUUAAAGAAUCCAUUAUAAAUAAACAGAAAAUUCCUUUUUUCUCUUUAUCUGUAAUAGCUGGUUGUCAUUCUAUAUGUUCAAUAAAUAAUAAAUUAUUAGGUGAUCCUUUAGAAAAAAAUUCUUUUAUGAAAUUAAAAUGUGUUAUGAAAAGUUUGAACCAUACAUAUGUGAAUACAAAUAAUAAGAAUGAUGAUACUACCAUUGAUGAGAAUAAAAAUAAUGAUAUGUUCAAUUUAAAAAAUGAAAAAAACAAAGACCAAAAAAAAAUAAAAAUAAAAAAUGAAUCUGUAGAAAAUUUCCAAAUUGUUAAGAGAUUCUUUUUUUCUUCAGAAUUACAAAGAAUGACAUGUAUUCUUUUGCAUGAAGGAUUUCAAAAUGAUUGGUAUGGUGAUGAAUAUGAAACGGAUACUUGUCAUUCGGAUGACACAAAUGAAAAUAUAAAAAGGGAUGUAUUACAUAAUAAUAUGAAUGAUAUAUCAAAGUCCAGAUGUUAUAAGGAUUAUGAUGAGAUAUUAAAAAAGUUGAAAAGAAAAAAUAAUAAUGAGAAUGAAACACAAAGUGAAGAUGAUAUGGAUCAGAAUGAUUAUUCUAAUUAUAACACUACAGAGAAGCAAAAGAAGAAGAAAAAUAAAAUAAAAAAUAUUCUUUUUGUAAAAAAAAAGAAAGAAAAUAAGGAUAAAUGUGUAAAACAAUAUUUAGUUGUAAGUAAAGGUUCUCCUGAAUUAAUGAAAAGAUUUUUAAAAAAAAUACCAGAGCAUUAUGAUGAAGUAUUAAAUAGUUUAUCAAUAAAAGGAUAUCGUGUUUUAUGUUUGGCUGUAAAUAUAUUAGAUGAUAAUAUGUUUAAUGAAAAUAUUAGAAGAGAAGAUGUUGAAAAGGAUUUAUAUUUUUGUGGUUUCUUGACAUUUAUAUGUCCUAUAAAAGUUAGUACACCUAAUUAUAUAUUAAAUAUAAAAAAUGCAGGAAUAAAAAAUAUAAUGAUAACAGGAGAUAAUGCUUUGACAGCUUGUCAGGUAUCUCAAGAUGUUAAUAUUAUUCCUGAUGUAGCAAAUAAGCACAUUUUAAUUCUAAAGUUGAAGGAGAUAUCAUAUGACAUGUUAAAUGAGAAAGUAAUAAACACAUUAAGUGUGAUUAAUAAGAUGAUGACAAAUAAUGAUGAUACAUGUGAUGAUAUGAGUACAAAUAAUACGAAUAAUACUGUAAAAGAUUUUUCAGAUGAUAAUAAAAUCUUUAAUAAGGAUGACAUAAAAGAUUCUAUUGAAUUUUUGACAUGUAUAAAAAAUAAGGAGACAAAUAUUUUUUUAAAAAAUCAUGUAGAGAAUCUAAUAAAAAUAAUAGAAAUGAAUUGCGAUAAAUGUAGUAAUAUAUUAUAUUUUAUGAAUAGAGAAAAUAAGAAAAUAUUACCAUUUAUUGAUAAUAUAGAUUACAUAAAAGGUUGUGGUGCUUUAUUUUCGUUGUGCAUAACAGGAGAUAUAAUUGAUUAUUUUUUACAAGUUUAUAAGAAUAAUUUGAAUAUAUUUAAUGAGUUAAUAAGAGGUGUGUAUAUAUUUUGUAGGAUGUCUCCAAAAAAUAAAGAGAUAAUAAUAAAAACGUUAAAUAAAAUUGGAUAUAUAACAAUAAUGUGUGGUGAUGGAACUAAUGACAUGGCUGCUUUGAAGGCAGCACAUGUAGGUGUAUCAUUAUUGAGUAUAAAGGUGAGUUAUAAGAAUAAAGAUGGAAAGAAUAAAAAAAUGUUAUAUGAUGAGAGAAAGAAUUCUUUAAAUAAUAAUAAUAUGAUGAUGAUGAAUAUGUAUGGUGAUGGACGUUCAAGAAGUUUAUAUGAUAAUUUAAGAGCUUCUUAUGCUGAAGCAAGAAACAUAAUAAAUAAUAAUAAUAAUAAUAGUGGUACUAAUUGUGGGAUGGGUUUAAAAUUUAGACGUUCAUAUGAACAAAUGAAAUUAUAUAAUGAGAAAAAGAAAGAAUUAGAACAGAUGUUACAAUCACUUGAUGAUUCUUUACCAUUAAUAAAAUUAGGAGAAGCAAGUAUAGCAUCACCAUUUACAUAUAAAGGAAAUGAUAUAAAAUGUAUAAAGGAGAUAAUAUCAUGUGGUCGCUGUGCUUUAUCUAAAGUAAUAAUGAUGUAUAAGUUGAUGAUAAUAAAUUCUUUAAUUACAGCAUUUUCAGUAUCUAUAUUAACAUUAGAUGGUGUAAAAUUAAGUGAUGCUCAAACAACUGUUAUAUCAUUAUUAUAUACAUCUUUAAUUGUUUUAAUAUCUAAAACAUCACCUUUAAAAAGUAUUACAAAUUACAAACCUCCUAAUUCAUUAUUUAAUUUUAGUGUUAUCAUAUCAUUAUUAUUACAGAUAAUUAUUCAUUUCUCUAUAUUAAUAUAUGGUUGGAAAUUAGCAUGUACAUAUAGAGAAAUUAAUUAUAUACCAGAUAUUAAAGGAGAGUUUAAACCAAAUAUUGUAAAUACAUGUAUAUAUUAUUUAAUUUAUUGUAUUAAUCUAUCUAUUUUUUCAUGUAAUUAUGAAGGAUUACCAUUUAUGAUACCAAUACAUAAAAAUAAAGAAAUUGUCUAUAUUUUUGUAGUCAAUUUCUUUUUUCUUCUUCUUUUAAUUAUGGAUUUAUUUCCAUACUUAAAUUAUUUCUUCUCUCUAGUGUCAUUUCCUAAUAUACAUUUUAAAUGUUUCUUUUUCUUCUUAAUGUUGCUAGAUAUUUUUUUGCCUUAUCUAGUAACAAAUCUGUUAAAAUCAUUCAGAUUUUAUAUAUUCAAUAAAUAUCAAAUUAGUAUUUAA